AUGUCAGACACUGUGAACAAUCGUGAAGAAUCACGAAAUGAAUCGAAUGAAGUGCAUGAUCGACGAUCAUCAAUCGAUAAUAACGGAAUCCAACAAGGAAAUAAUAGAGAUACAAUCUUCAAUGAUAACGUAGGUACUGCUACCAACAGUAUUCGAGACAUAUCUUCGGAUACAAAUACCAAUCCAUCUCAUGAUGUCAAUUUAAACAUGUCUUCUAACAGUGGUGAAGACAAUUCUCAUACUAGCAGUGGACGCAGAUCCUCAUCUCAUAGUGACGAUUACAAAAGAUCAGAUGGUACCGAUAUAUCCUAUGGUAGUAAUGAACCUGAUUUGCUUGAAUCAAUAUUAAAAAAUAAAACAAACCAACAUUUAAUUGAUCGUCUUCUUGGUUGUGCAUAUGGACAAGCGCUUGGUGAUGCUUAUGGUUUAUCGACUGAAUUUGAAACACGUGAUAUCGUAGCAAGAAACUAUCCUGAUAAAAAGAAACUAAUUCCAUAUCCAAACUAUAUCUUAACUCAUCAUUCAAGUCGAUGGACAAGAGGUGACUGGACUGAUGAUACAGAUCAAUGGAUAUUAAUUUUAGAGACAUUAACGGAACACGAUGGCGAUGUGACUGUAUUUGCAAGAAAAUUAAAAACAUGGAUCAAUAGAGGUUAUCCAGAAUUAGGUGAUUAUGGUGGAAUGGGAUUAGGCGCUAAUGUAUCGCAGGUCGUUAAUUCAAAUAAUUAUCUUACUCAUCCACUCAAAGCAAGUGAAGUGGUAUGGGAACGUGGUGGUCGUCAAGCAGCGCCUAACGGAGCUGUUAUGCGAUGUUCUGCAUCGGCUUUUGUCCAUUUCAAUGAUCUAGAAAAGGUGAAAUCAACGGCAAUACUGAUGUGUAAAACAACUCAUUUUGAUCCUCGAUGUAUUGCUUCAUGUCUAGCAGUUUGUUUAACUAUUGCUUAUCUUUUGAGAGAAGAAAGUGUUAAUGAUGAUAUUGAAUCAUUAAUUACACGUGUUCAAAAGGAAACUAUUGAUAUACUUGGUGAUAGUUUUAUUCCAGAAGAUCGUGAAGCAUUCUUAUGGCAUACAGAUCAAGCACGUACUUUAGAAGAAUUAAAUUUUGAUGAGCCAAGAAGUAUUGGUUAUACAUAUAAGUGUUUAGCAGCAGGUUUUUAUGGCUUGAGAUCUACUCGUUCGUUUGAAGAAACACUCAAUGAUCUUAUUCGAUAUGGAGGUGAUGCAGAUACAAACGGAGCCGUUUGUGGUACUAUGUACGGAGCAAGAUAUGGCUAUAAAAAACUACCAUAUCAAUGGUUGCGAGCAAUGCCUUUUAAAAAAUGCAGAAUUGCUAAUUGUUACGUUUGGAAUACAUCACAAGGUAUUCUUCCAUGGGAAUCUUAUUUACAAUUAGGUCAUAUUCAACGACCACUAGGUCUUGUACUUAAUCAAUCAUCAAUUACUCAUCAUCAUUUUUCUGUUGGAUAUCUUUGUCUACAAUCAUUUAUGUAUGAUGAAGCACAAGAUGCUUUUAAUUUAGCACUCAAUGUCACUCCUACAUUCAUAGAAGCUCACAUUGGUAAAAUACUCGCAUGUAAACAUGCAUUAUGGUCGGAUACUGACUUUGAAUGUGGUUUAGCAGCUUACAAUGCAGCUCAAAACAUGUUAAAAACAUCAAAUAUUAUGUUAUCACCACUUCAAUCAUCACUUCUUUCAACUGCCUAUUUAUGGUAUUCUAAUAAGUCAUCUAUUGCAGCUGGAGAACUUGCAUUUUCAUCAUCAAUAGGAAAUCUAUCACAGGCAUAUCCAAAUGAAACUGAUAUUAAAGUUUUAUGGGGUCUUUCUCUUCUAAAUGUAGCAUAUCAACAUGAGUUCGAAAGUGAAAUGGAACCAGCACCAAUGUUGAAAUCAAGAGAAACACUAAAAGCUGCUCUAAAAGAUGAACCAACUCAUCCGGGUGCUCUUCAUUAUUUAAUACACGCUUAUGAUGUUGAUCAUGUUAAUACAGCAGAAAAAGCAGCGGAUUAUGCAGUUAUGUAUAAUACAACUGUUUUAACAUUAUCGCAUGCACAACAUAUGCCUGGUCAUAUUUGGAUGCGUACAGGUGCAUGGCUUCUUGCUAUGGGUGCAGAUACAACAGCUAUUCAAGUAAGUUUAGGAUUAUGUGCUACUAAAAUAUUAAAUCGUCACACGUUAAUAUUAUCACCUGAUCUGGAAUCUGUUUUGACUAUAUUUAAUACGACAAAUCAAACUUUAUCUUUUCUUAAAUGUGAUGGUGAAAAUCGAGCUCAUUCAACAGAAUGGCUUUCCUAUUCUCGUUUACAAACAGGUGAUUGGUUAGGUAGUAUUUCCUUAACUCAUAAUCUAUUUAUUGCUGACAAUAAAUCACUUUUAACACCAAAUCAUUAUUUACCAUUUGCUUAUCGAGCUCAAGCACGUACAAUUGUCGAUAUUUUCUUUUGGUCUCCAUAUAGCAAUCAAUUUCUCAAUAAAAUCGAACCUCUAUUAUUAUUCAACAAAGGACAACCAUUAGUUUUGUUCGGUGAUAAUCCUUCAGGAUGGUAUCCUAUAUGGAGUGAAGCAGCAUAUCGUUAUGUUGAAUGUCUUCAAUUAUUGACUAAUUUUCAAACAAGUAAUAACAAAUCUGGUAUUUCAUCAACAAUAGAUAAGCAUCUAGCUCGUUUUCUUAUACUUUCUAAUCGAACGACUCCAUUAAGUAAAUAUAUAGCAAAUAAUAUUUUAAUGAUGAUACCACAAGUACUUGGAAUGCGUUAUUAUAUUAAUGGAUCAUGGCAAGAAUGUUUAAAUGAAUUAAAUACAGCUACUCAACUAGAAUCAGCAGUUGUAUCAAGUGGUAAUAGUCCUACUUUAAUAUUUGCACGAUCAUCAGAAUUACUAGCUAUGCAUUUAUUACUUAUCUAUGAAAAAUAUCAAGAACAAUUAAAUUCAACUAAUUCUUCUGUAUAUAUGCUAAAUGGUACGCAGAUAAAUAUUAACAACUUUCCAUUAAUAGCAUUGGAUUUAUACAAAAAAGCGGAUCAAAUAGCUCCUAAUCGAGCUAUAAAUACACUUGGUAUGGCUCGAUGUAAUGCUCAUCUUCAUCAGGAAAGCAUAGCAGUUAGUUUAUAUCAACAACUUUAUAUGCAAAUGACUACUUUCAAUAAUAGUGAUGACUAUUUUCUUAAAGAAGCAAAUCAAUAUCUUGAUCAUCAUAAUUCAGCUAUAAAUUUUCGUUUUUCUCCUAUUUUAAUCAUUUUUUCACUUUUCUGUUUUAUUUUUAAAUGA